AUGAAUAAUUGCUUCAGUUAUUUGCUUAUCUUUUCGGUUCUAGCAGGCUCAAUGGAGAAAUUCAAUUUAUCAUGUGGUGCCAAUCCUACUUAUGGCUUCACCGCUGUCCCAUUAACAGAAGCAAAUUUCAAGUUACAGAAACCAUAUGACAUACCUCUCGAGCAACGAUACAGUUAUGUUAAUGGGGUUCAUAAAUUGUGGGUUUAUGCUGAUGACAAGCCACACAACCCUAGUAGUCAUACCCAGCCACGCACUGAGAUUCGAAUGAGUGGGCUUGACUAUUCAUCUGGAGUGUGGCAAUUCGAAGGCUAUGGCUUUGUACCAAAUGGAACAUCUGGUGCUACAAUUGCACAGAUCCAUGGUGCUGCUCAUGGUGCCACCACUUUGAUACUAAGAAUCUAUGAUGGAGAAAUGAGGUAUUAUAGCAAAGAUCUGGUUGCUACUGAUCUAUAUGAUAAGUGGUUCAGACUUAAUAUUAUUCAUGAUUUGGAUAAAGGGAUGGUGACUGUUUUCAUUGAUGGAGUACACAAAUUUGAGGUGAAGGAUAAAGGGCCUGGGGACUUGUACUUCAAAUGUGGAGUUUAUGCUGCUCCGGCUAAUAUAAGCUACUACAUGGAAUCAAGGUGGAGAGACAUCAAGAUAUUUAAAAAGUGUUAG